AUGCAGAUCUUUGUGAAGACCUUGACUGGCAAGACCAUUACCCUGGAGGUGGAGCCCAGUGACACCAUUGAGAAUGUGAAGGCCAAGAUCCAGGACAAAGAGGGCAUCCCCCCUGACCAGCAGAGGCUGAUCUUUGCAGGCAAGCAGCUAGAAGAUGGCCGCACCCUCUCCGACUACAACAUCAGGAAGGAGUCCACCCUGCAUCUUGUCCUGCGUCUCAGGGGUGGUUAAUUAAGUUGCUGUUUGCU